AACCUGCAGCCGGGCUGGGAAAAUGGCGGCCGAGGCCGCAACGCUUAGAGAGGGAGCGGCGGGGCUUGAACCCGCGCCCUUCCUGAAGCGCUACCUAGCCCGGCUUAGCGCCCUGCGGCUCGGGGGCGACGCCAGCCAGGUCCCGGGAGGCGAGAGCGGCCGCCGCACUGAGCUCCAUCUGCUCUUCGACCAGCUCAUCUCCGAGACUUGCGGGCCGGGGGGAGCGGGGCCGGGGGCGCCGAGGCCAGAGGAUGUCUGUGAACUACUCGUUCAGGCUUGCAAGCUUGUCCAGCUUAAUCAAGAACAUCUUGUCAACAAAGUUUGCCAGCUGAUUCAUCACUUGCUUAAUAGAUUUCCGGUUAUAGUUGAUGAGGAGAGUCUGAAAUAUCUUCUGCCUUAUUUUAUCUCUGCGCUGAAGCAGUGCAGCACUUGGACGCAUGUUGAAAUCCUGCAGGCCUUGGCAGCUUCUGUCUACAAUACUGGAUCUAAGUGCCAAAAGUACCUUCCGGAUUUGCUGGGAGAAAAUGGAGUUCUGGUGCAACUCAGCAGCCCUGCUCAAAUGGACACCGAGCUCAAGAGGGCUGCAGUGCUUGGCAUGGCAAAUCUCUGCCUCAGCACACCAGGGCAAUCAUGUCUGGAGGAACCUUACAGAGAAAUCUGCUUUCAGGCUUUCCUUAAUGUCUUACAGUCUUCAAAAGGAUCCGGGGUGGAUGACAUCACCUUUUGCAUGUUGUUGCAGAAUGCCUUGAAAGGAAUCCAGUUACUCUUAAAUGGUGGGAAGAUGAAGUUGACACAAACUGAUCAUCUGGGUUCCCUUCUUGCUGUAUUAAAGAAGUGCAUGUUCCAUGGGCUUCCUGGACUGAACAUAGAAAUGCCAGCCAUUUUAUAUCCAGCAUUGCUUCCUCAAUAUGACAGCAGGUCGCCGGACAAGCAGGAGAAGUCAGACCUGAGAAAUGCUAAAAUGACUGGGAGCAGGAAGAAAAAGCCCAAAGGGAAGCAGAAGGGAAAGUUGGAAGAAGAGCUGAAAGUGCAGCCAGAAAGUGACAGAGGAGGUAAACUAGACAAGCAGAAGAUACGUGGAGAUGCACUGCCAGAUCCUGAUUCAGAGGUCUGGAAUCGAGCUUCCAGUGACAUACAAUCGUCAUUUGGGAAUGACCAUUUACCUCUGAGUGCUUUGGGCUGGAAAAGAAUUAGCAGCAGUGACUCGGAGUAUUCUGAUGCUGAAGGGGGGAUGCAGAGUAAAACAAGGUCUUUCCAAGCUAAAGUUCGUCAAGGGGCUUUAACUUGCUUCCUUUCCACUGUGAAAUCGAUAGAGAAGAAAGUCCUCUAUGGUUACUGGUCAGCGUUCGUUCCCGAUGUGCCUGGAAUAGGAAGCCCACAGUCUGUAUCCUUGAUGACUAUUGCUUUAAAAGAUCCUUCUCCGAAGACACGGGCCUGUGCCCUCCAAGUUCUCUCGGCCAUCUUGGAAGGCUCCAAGCAGUUCCUUUCCAUUGCCGAAGAUGCCGUUGAUCACAGGAGAGCCUUCACACCCUUCUCGGUUUCCAUUGCAUCCAGCAUCCGAGAGCUCCACCGCUGUCUGCUGCUGGCCUUGGUGGCUGAAUCCUCUUCCCAGACGCUCACCCAAAUAAUCAAGUGCCUUGCCAAUCUGGUAUCGAACGCGCCAUACAGCCGUCUAAAGCCCGGGCUGCUGACAAGAAUAUGGCACCAGAUAAAGCCAUACAUCAGACACAAAGAUGUUAACGUUCGAGUGUUAAGCCUCACAUUGAUAGGAGCCAUUGUAUCGGCUCAGGCUCCUUUGCCGGAGGUUCACCGCCUUUUGCAGCAGCCCAGCUCUUCAGGGCUCAGUGAUGGCCGCUCUGCCAUACCGCAUUCAGCUACACGCUCUGGCGUACCUGAAUGGCGCAAAGAAGCCCCAGCAGCUCCAGGAGAGGAGCCCCUUGCUGUGGGGAACGAACCAGCAGAGCCCUGCUGGCUGCUAAAUCUCUGCAUCUCUCUGGUUGUGCUGCCCAAGGAAGACAGCUACUCAGAUAGCGACACCGGCUGCCUGCCAGCCACUAGCAUAUACGAACCCUCUCCAGUUCGGCUGGAGUCCUUGCAGGUCCUAGCCCUACUUGUCAAGGAGUAUUUCUCAGUCUCCAAGAGCUAUCUGCUAGAGCUUGGUGAAGUGGCUUGUAAGUGCAUGGAGGAAACAGAUCCAUCCAUCCAGCUCCACGGGGCAAAACUCCUGGAUGAGCUUGGUGUUGGUAUAAUACAGCAGCACAAGUCAGAUGUGGCUGUCACUGCAGAUCAACGGGUGCCUGUCGACCUGGUUGUAACAUUCUGGACUAGAAUGCUGAAUGGACCCUUACUGGGCGCCCUCCAAAAUGCCCAACAUCCAACACUUCAGACUAGCUCUUGCAAUGCUCUCUCUUCCAUCUUACCAGAAGCUUUCAGUGGUCUCCCGGGCGACAAGCAAAUCCUCUGCAUCACUAUUCUUCUUGGGCUCAACCACAGUGAGAAUCCACUGGUGAAAGCUGCUGCCGCUCGUGCACUUGGGGUCUACGUUGUCUUCCCGUCUCUCCAGCAGGAUGUGAUGUUCGUUGCGGACACAGCCAACGCAAUCCUGGACUCCCUCUGUGACAGUUCUCCAAACGUCCGCGCCAAAGCAGCUUGGGCCUUGGGCAACCUGACAGACACUCUGAUCAUCAACAUGGAGUUGUUGGGACAAAGCUUCCAGGAUGAAUUCUCAGACCUGCUGCUUCUGAAAAUGUUGCGGUCAGCAACUGAUGCGUCAAAGGACAAAGACAAGGUGAAAAGCAAUGCUGUCCGUGCCCUUGGAAACCUCCUUCAUUUUCUGCAGCCGUCACAGAUUGCUAAUCCCAGGUUCAGCCAACCCAUUGAGGAAUCUGUACAUGCCUUGAUCUCUACAGUGCAGAGUGAAAACAGAAUGAAAGUCUGCUGGAACGCCUGCUACGCACUUGGGAACGUCUUCAAAAAUCGUGCCUUGCCGCUGGGAGAAGCCCUUUGGACUGCCCAAGCCUAUAACGCCCUAACCUCUGUUGUCAAGUCCUGCAAGAAUUUCAAAGUCCGCAUCAAAUCAGCCGCAGCCCUCUCAGUGCCAGCCGAAAGGAAGCGCUACGGGACCCCUGAGCAGUUCUCCCAGAUCUGGAGUGCGUUGGUCGUGGCCUUGCAGAGAAGCGAGGAGGCCCAAGACUUCCUGGAGUUCAAGUACAGCGCCAGCCUGCGGACACAGCUCUGCCAUGCUCUGCUUCAUUUGCUGAGCCUGGCAGACGAGGUGGACCUGCCGGCCAUCGAGAAGGCGGUGGCUGAGCAUGGAGAAGUAAUUGGAUCCUACAUGUUGCAGUAUUUGAAAUCUGGAGUUUCCGAAGAGGAAGUGGGGCUAGGUGAGAAUUUUCCCGAAAGGAGCAAAUUCCUGGAAAGGGCUGUUGAGCAUGUGCGAAGUAUCGAGGAGCUGUUGGAAGGAUGCCCGAAGAAAAGGGGGACAGUAGCUUAUCUAGAAGACAUAUUGGAAGCCCACAACAGUGCCACAGGACUCUCGGAAGCUUAAAGGAAUGUGGCCUAAGCAGAGGGCAUCUUGUCGGGUGCCGCAAAAGGCAGCUUUGCUGUUGGCAAUAUAAAACUGCCUUGAGUCUUCCUCUAGGGGGCUUAGACAUGGCUGUCUUGGUCCCUCAGAAGCAGUAGCAGCGCACAGCGAGUAAAAUCAAGCCCCUUUCUGUCGACGAGUCAGUGCACUUUGACAUGGAUGGGGCAGACUUUCAGGUUACUAAGAACUCUUUUCCCCAAGUGGGGAGCGUGAUAGUGGAAGAUACACGCAUUAAAGGAAAGGGAAGAGAGUGCCCAAUACUGUCAGGGAAAAGGGGAGUUAAAUGCCAAACACAAAUUCAGACCAAAUAAAAAGAACCUGGUAAGUAAGAUUCUCAGUCACCAACUCUGUUCUGACGAAAAAUAAAUGGGUCAUGUGUUUAAUAAUAAUAAAUCACUAACAAACUUUUCCCUUCCUAUAUGCAGUCACCUUAUUUAUUGGAUUUUAGUGGCUCUAACUUAUUGGUUGGUCAGAAAACCUGGGUUGCCGGGCAACUAAUGAAUUUAAUCAGAAAGUUCUAGAUAAUUAGAAUAAUUAAAUGGACAAAAAUAACCCUUCCUCCUCUCCCAAUAUGAGGAUUCAGAAACCGAGGGAAAGGGGGCCUUCCUCUACAUUUCCAUAUUUGUCACAUGACUUCCUCUACAUUUCCAUAUUUGUCACAUGACCCAGAGCUCCAUUCCUGCUAGUCCGUGGCAGUCUGAGGUAGCCUUCAGUUCUAUCACAUCCCCCAUCUGUUCCCACAUAGUCUGGCUACUGUCAUAUGCAGUGCUAUUUUUCUAGAAAAAGAGGUGCCGGAAAUCACCACGAACGCCUCCCUUGUUUUCUUACAAUGGCAAUAGCACCCACCUGAGAAGUGCCGGAACUGAGUUCUAAUGACAAAAAGGCCUGGACAUAUCAUAUGACAGAUGUUUAUGUCCUUGGUAUUAAGGGACCGAGGGAAGAAAGCAUCCCAUUUUCAGAAUUUUAUAAUAAUCAGGGUGGAUAAACUAUGACUCUGUUCAGACAUCACACCAAACCUCUAUUGUGGUUUUAACCUUCUGUAAAUUAUCGUUGUAAUUUUUUUAGUGAUGAUUUUUUUGUUUUAUCUUUUUUGUACACCACUUUGAGAUUUUAUCUACAAUCAAGUGGUAUAUAAAUUUUAUGAAAUAAAACAAACAAGCCAACCAUGGUUUGGGAAGCUUAACAGUGGUUUGGAACGAAUUGACAAGCCAUAUUUAUGACUGUUCCUUCAUCUCCCAAACUUCCUGUACUAUGGAGAUGGGAGUAAAUUUAGGAAACUGCAACUCAACUGUUCAUUGAAUGCUUUCAAAGUUUCAGCCAUAGUUUGUAUAUUAUACUAGACUUGGCACAAUCUGUGGUUGCGUGUGAUGCCUGAUCUGAGCUAAAAUAUAUCCAAUUCUAGGUUUUUCUCUCUCCCUCCUCUCUUCCUCCCCUCCCUUUUUUGGUAGGGGUACCAUAAUUUAUAUAUUGCUGAUUUGGACUUACGGGGCUUUGUGUGAUUUCCAUUUGGGCAGAAUGUAUUCUUUGUUAUCUUACGGUGUCUGUUUUACCUAACUUCUGCUGUUUUGUGCUGUGAGUAAAGCAGAUCUGUCCAGGCAAACAGCCUAACGAGGCAACCACCCAACCCAGUUCCCAACAUCGCCUAAGCCUGAAGAGAAGUCCUAUGACUCAACAGUUUGCCUCUUAAAAAUAAUAAAUCUGGUUUCUCCAAAUCUCGCUCUGUCUCUUAACUUGAAAAAGUGUUGCCAAGUCACUGAACCAGCUUCCGUUUAUCGUUAGGCAUGCACGAAGGGUUCACUUACUCUGAAAAGGGGGUGGUUUGUGGGUCAGACACAAAACACUGGAAAAGAAAUAUUCAGGACCUUGAACAACUUUGUAAAGUCACUGGCUCCUGACAGAUGUACAAACAACUUGAAUGUAAACAGAAAGAACAGGAAGUACUAGAGAUGAAUCAAACUUGUUGAUCUGCUGCACUAGAAACACAGAUUUUAUGAAUAUGGAAUGUUCAUAUUAAUGGGAAAUAAAUUACAAAAAAAUAACAUAAAACUGGAGUUUUGAAGAUAAUGAGAAAAUCUGGCCAAUAACUCUGUUUAAAUAGGAGUGAAAUACAGUUGGCAAACUGAAGAGUUUGCCAACGUUUAUAACAAUUUGUAUGGUUCCUGUUUGCCUCCCCCAGCCAAGACAACAUUUUUUGGGGAUACUGUGUAAAUAUCUCAGCUCAGGGAGGUGAACAGGAACAUUCUUGAGCACUGCAUAACCACAAAGGAGAUUUUGGAAACGAUUAAGCAUCUUAAAUCAGGCAAGGCUCCUAGCCUAGAUGGUUAUACAGCUUCCUUUUUCAAAAUGUUUAAGGGUGUGCUGCUCCCACAACUACGGUAGCAAACGUAGAAGCAGUCUUGUACAGUCUUGUGGUUAUUCAGAAACCUUUAAAGAGCUGUCUUAGUUGAAUCUUUUAC